UCUUUCUCAGUCUCUCACAUCUUAACAAUGGCAACCAAGGCCGCACUCGCAGCAGCUCUCCGACGAGAACCACCAUGAAUGCAGGCAGCAGGUGCAGGGGCGCCGGGCCAGCGCUUCUUGCAGCAGAGGAACGACUUCGAGGACAACCUCGAGUCGUACCUUCAAGCCUGCUGCCAGGAGCUGAAGCAGAUGGACCGCCAGCAGUGCGGCUGCGAGGCCAUCAGGCAGGCCGUCAGCCAGGUGCAGCAGAGCACACGCCGCUACCAGACCGGCCAAUCCGAGCAGGUCUACCAGCAGGCACGCGCCCUCCCGCGCCGAUGCGGCCUUGGCGAGCACCAAUGCCACUUCCGCCUCCUCUUUGUUUGACCAAAUAUUAGAUCGGUGACGAUGUUUUUUGUGUGUUUACUCACCUUCCAAAUAAACAUAAACGUUAUGGCAUAAA